AUACGGUCGAGCAUUUCAUUCUCUUCGCAUAACUUCAGUGGAUAAGAACUAUUUUUGAAUUCAGUGAGAAUUUUCCACCAAUAAUUUCUGCACUUUAUUAUAGAUUAUCUCGAAAAGUUCAAAUCAUUUCUAUUGCAUAAUGUUGUGGAAAAAAGAAUCGAAUCAACCAACUGCGCUGUACGUGGAUCUAUUUGCAAAGACGCCAGUGUCAAUGAUUGAUCGUGCACUUCAAGCAUUCAGCCAAUAUUCAAACCCCGCCAAAAGUAAUCAAACUGCGCUUCAAAAGCGAAUGCAGGGAAAUGCAUUAUUUGACAAGAGAAAAUGGGCCGAAGCGAUGGAAAAAUACAAUGAAAGUCUUUGUUUUGCCAUUGUUGGAUCGAAGCACAUUAGUUUGGCGUAUGCGAAUCGUGCUUCGUGUUUUUUGAAAUUAAAACUCUACAACGAAUGUCUCAUUGAUAUUGAACUUGCCAAAAAAUCUGGCUACCCACGUGAAUUGAUGUCAAAAUUGAAUAAAAGAGAAAGUGAUUGUUUGAAAUGUUUGGCCGGUUGUUUGACAUUUCGCGAUGCAAAUCCAGAAUUACCAGCAUUCAAUCAGAAGUUAAGUUUUGAUGCCGAUGAAAAUGUUCCGUGUAUGGCGAACGUAUUGAGCGUGAAUCGUAAUGAAAUGGGCAAAUUAUCGACGAUUGCGCAACAAGACAUUGAUGUGGGUCAAACGAUUGUUAUGGGAAAAGCAUUUUUGGUCUAUUUAUACAGUCGCUUUGGAUGGAAAUGCAAUAGUUGCUUGAAAGACAACACUAAUUUGAUGCCAUGCAGUAAGUGCACGGUGGCAAUGUUCUGCAGUGACGAAUGCCAAAACAAUGUUCUUCAUAAGGACGAAUGUGGCCUGAAGUUUCACACCGACAAACAACAGAAUGGUCUAUUGUUGAAUGAGAUACGACUUCUUUUGAUUGCCAUGAAUAUUUUUGAUACCGUCGAUGAGUUGAUGAAUUUCGUUGAAGAUGCCGUCAAAUGUGACAACAUUCCGAUUUCAUUAGUGGAUGAUCGUUCAAAGUAUCGCAUGUUUCUCAAAAUGCCAAUCAGCAUUAAAUUUGCACAGAAACCAGAUUUUCUAUUCAUCGUUUACAGCAUAUACAAAGCAUGCUUGAAUGUCAAAAAAAUUUCCAAGCAAUUUGAUACGGUGCAUCGUCGUCGUUUUUUGAUGCAUUUAAUCAGUCAACAUACGCAGAUUACGAAUUUCAAUUCGAAUCAUGUAAGCUCUCGGCCGAAAGAUGAAGUGGAUUUCUAUCAACAAAUCGGGUUGACGUUGAAUUUCUUCAAUCAUUCUUGUGCACCGAAUGUUUCUAUGAAUGAACGAAAUGGCAAUUCGGUAUAUGUCACCAUUCGUCCAAUUAAAAAAGGCGACGAAUUAUUCAUUUCGUAUUUUAAAUUUUUGCUGCAACCAAAACAUGUACGCCAACAGUGUCUUUGGAAUGAAAAACAUAUUAAAUGCAACUGCAUCCGUUGUUCAACUGUAUCCACAUCAUCUGCGGUUCAACGACAACUUUUGACUUUAGACCCGAGCUUCAGGUUGAUUCUGUCUAAUGCGUCGAAAUUGACGCCGUACGACUACUCGAAGAUUGAAGAGACCAUUGAUAAAUGCAUUACUUUUUUGCGGAAAUACGGUGAUGAGGAUUGGUGUGAUGAAAUCGCAAAAAUUGUCGACGCCUACAUAAACACAUUGCAGUGCCAAAUUUCACGGCCAGUUUACUAA